AACAAUUGCCCCUCCUCACCUCGACGAUAGGACUAAUCAACGCUUCCACCCCGCAGAUCCGAACCUCAGCUUGUCGCUCAUUGCGCAAUCGGCAUUCCCAAUUUCCCCCCCUUCUACCUGUCGGCGCACUCGUCCGCCAUUGAGGUCAUCGACGAACCCGCCCAAGCAAAUCCGUCCUUACCAUUGCAUCGCAACCCUUCAUUGCCCCCCUCACUCGUUUUAUCCAAAGACACAACAACAGCCACGGCCACAAUGGCAGACACGCAAUUCCCCUGUGUAUGGACCCUCGAGGUACCUUUCCCGACGCCCAGGCUAGCAUCCGUCGCCCUCCAGGCCUUGCAAGUCGACAAGGAGCUGUCGCCGUUGGUAACGCGAUCCUUCUCCAUCGCAUCUACUGCGCACGAGGGUGCCGUCGAUGGGGACGCCGCCGGGAAUAUCCUGCGGACCGAGUACAAGGCCACGACCAACAGGAUGCUUCGCGUCGCCGUCAACUCCUUCAUGGACAGCCUCAAUCUCGUCAUCGAAGUCAUGCAGGAGCUCGACACCGACGUAUUAGCCGCCUCUCGGGGAGGCGUCCCGCCGUGAGCGGAAAGGAAACCAGGGCAAUGUGAACACCCUCGAACCAUUGCUGUGGUUAGCUAUUAAACGCGACGUGGGCCGAUUUGGCUCAAAAAAAAAAAGAAACGAUUCUCUAAUUUGCAUUCUGUCGGCUAGAGCCAUGUAUGCUAUCUAUACCCCGUCAUCCAUUCCCCUGUCGCCGC